AUGGACCGCAAUAUCCCCGAAACACACUUUUCAGCAGUAGAAUUAGGCGUGUAUGAUGGAUGCUCGUUUGUGGUGACUACGGAACGCGAAAGCAUCGCUUCUACUCCAGUCUCCUACAAGCUGCAGUGCUCAUCACCAUCAAAACUUGAACCAGAACAGGCCGCUUCUAUAGACCCCUCUCGCCUGCCAUCGAACUUGAUCGUCAUCGAUUCCGUAUUCUCGGGGAAAGGUCGCAGAGCAGAAACCGAUUUUGCUGGCGUUGUUAUCGAGCCUCUGUUUCGCAAACUAAAUGUCCAGCACCAAUUCGUGAAAACCUCAUCACCGCAUUCUAUAAGAGAUAUCGCUUCCUCACUCGAUGCCAAGAGUCAGUACACUAUUCUAUUUCUAUCCGGAGAUACCUCCAUCUCUGAAUUCGUGAACCACCUACCCAGUUCCCAUAGCAACAUUUCAAUCGUACCCUUCCCAAUGGGCACCGGGAACGCUUGGGCAACAUCGUUGAAAUUGACCGAUCCUGCUGUAAUACUGUCCCAAUUCCUCAAGGGCUCACUACAAACUCAUCAAUUCCCGUUAUACAAAGCUACAUUCGCCAACGGACUCUCCAUAAAAUUCUUUAUCAUUCUAUCGUUAGGAUUUCACGCUAACUUACUACACUUAUGCGAGGAACAUGAGUAUCAGCAGAUGGGUGUUGAACGGUUUAGAAUUGCAAGUCAGCGCAUCUUAGACAGUUACGCACUAAAUUCUCACGUCUCCAUUCCAAACACUCUCCAGGGCUCCUAUUCUUAUUUUGUCCUGAUCAAUACAACACAUCUAGAGCCGACAUAUAUCCCGUCACCACAAUCAGACCCCUUGAAUCCACCACUUCACGUGCUUGCAUACGAAUCCUCCCUUUCACAGUCUGAAUUCAGAAAAAGGUUGAUGAACGGUUACCUAAACACCCUUAAGACCGACAUCCAAGAAAAGGGCACCAUUUACAAAGCCCUACCAGACUCAUUUGAAGUCUACAUAUCGGAUAACCCAGAGGAACGCCACAAGUUCGAGCUCUGCUGCGAUGGGCAACUGUUGAAUUUGCUCGAUCUGAAUCCUAGCCCUGAUCACACUGUAUCAUUUAAAAUAGAAACGUGUACUUCCCCUUCGUUAUUAGUACUAUGCUGA